AUGGAAUCAAAUCCCAAAAAUACAACCAAGUUUCUCUUUAGCUACGGCGGUAAAAUCCUUCCCCGCCAUACCGACGGCAAGCUCCGCUACACCGGCGGCCACACCAGAGUCCUCGCGCUCCCUCUUCCCAUUUCUUUCUCAGAGUUGAUGGUGAAGUUUGUGGAAUUAUGCGGUUCAUCUGUUACACUCAAGUGUUGUUUACCAAACGGAGAUUUAGAGACAUUGAUUUCAAUCACCAGCGACGAAGAUCUGAAAAAUAUAAUCGAAGAAUAUGAUCGAGUUUCUUCGUCGUUACCUCAUCCGUUGAAAAUCAGAGCUAUUCUUUCACCUCCCAAAUCCCUCAAGAAAGUAUCUCCUCCCCAAUCUUCUUCGUCUAGCGUAACAUACUCUCCUUCUGGUUCAAUUUACGGGUCCUUGGAAUCACUGAAUCGGCCGAAUUGCUCGCCGGUUUCUCUAAGGUUUCCGAUUGGUAUUCGGAAUGGGGCGGUGAAAGGUGGCUGUUACACGGGGCAGUUACAUGGAAGCCCUAGAUUCGUAUAUUGGUUCAGUAAUAAUUAUUGUCAAUGA